CAUCCAUCUUGCUCUCACUUACCACGCCUGGUAUAUACAGCCACCACACAUCAUCAAGCUACGUACUCAAAGUACGUACCUUUGAUUGCAAUUGAGUUGAGAUCGAUGACGAGAGAUAGGUCUUCUGUAGUCACAAUGCUGCUAGUUCCUCUGGGCAUCAUGCUGGCCCUCUCGUGCUCAGCAUUCGCUCAGCUGGAGACUGGGUUUUACAGCGCGACAUGCCCCAAAGUGGAGGAGAUCGUCCGCGAGGAGACGGUGAAGAUCAUCUCCGCCGCGCCCAGCCUCGCCGGCCCGCUCCUCAGGCUUCACUUCCACGACUGCUUCGUCAGGGGCUGUGACGCCUCCGUCCUCCUGGACUCAACGCCGGGGCACCUGGCAGAGCGGGACGCGAAGCCCAACAAGAGCCUGCGAGGCUUCGGCUCCGUGGAGCGCGUCAAGGCCAAGCUGGAGGCCGCGUGCCCCGGCGUCGUCUCGUGCGCCGACGUCCUGGCGCUCAUGGCCCGCGAGGCCGUCGUGCUGGCAAAGGGGCCCACCUGGACGGUCCCGCUGGGGAGGAGAGACGGCGUGGCGUCCAGCGCCGCGGAGGCAAGCAAAGAGCUGCCCCCGUCCUUCGGCGACGUCCCACUCCUCGCCAAGAUCUUCGCCUCCAAGGGGCUCGGCGUCAAGGACCUCGCCGUGCUCUCCGGCGCGCACACGCUCGGCACGGCGCACUGCCCGUCCUACGCCGACCGGCUCUACGGCCGCGUCGUCGACGCGUCGCUGGACAGCGAGUACGCCGAGAAGCUCAAGUCCAGGUGCAAGAGCGUCAACGACACGGCCACGCUGUCGGAGAUGGAUCCCGGCAGCUACAAGACCUUCGACACGAGCUAUUACCGCCACGUCGCCAAGCGGAGGGGCCUCUUCCGGUCCGACGCCGCGCUCCUCGACGACGACACGACAAAGGGUUACGUCCAGCGCGUCGCUGCCGCCGGCAACUUUGAUGGCACGUUCUUUAGGGAUUUCGGCGAGUCCAUGGUCAAGAUGGGGAACGUCGGGGUGCUCACCGGGGUUCAGGGAGAGAUCAGGAGAAAGUGUUACGUUAUCAACAAGACGCACUAGCUAAGCAAUACCGUGGAGAAGAUAGGUGCAUCAACGCUUGCGUUUCUUCCUGUUUAUCUGUAUGCCUGCCUCGUCCGGUACAUUACUAGCUAGAAUUCCGUGUUUGUUUAGAACGGAAGUAAUUAAGUCCGCAAUGUGAUUAUUAUUUGUAACUAGCAUGGUGUGGGAAACAUCUUUAAGAUUUUGAUUCACAGAUAUAUGUGUGUCGAUGUAUUAUUUUAAAAGUACUAAAUUAAUGAUAGAUGUGUGUCA